GCAAUGAUUACCAGCGCAGCCUCUAUGAUGAGACAGGUCAAGCUAACGCAAAUCGUGGUCUUUUGGGGAAAUAUUUUACCAACGCAGUGAGUCUCCUGAUACUGAUACACCCAAUGCAUGAAUAAAUGAAUGAUGACUUCCAAAUACUAUAUCUUCAAUGCUUUCAGAUGUUAAAUAUGGAAUGGGAGAAGCAACUUCAAUACAUCUGUGGGAAAUGUUGGCAGCAUAUCUGGGAGUUCCAUCAAUUCCAGCAGGCAGUUAUAGAGGCGCAGAAGGGCCUACACUUGAAUAAGGAAGCGGCAAAAGAAGUUGGGGAAGUUGUUACGGUAAAAUCUGAGAUGAAUAUAAAAAAAGAACAACAGGAGUGGCAUAGUGGCCAGGAAUUUAUCGCUAGCACUGAGGAUUUAAUCAAACCUACACCCCUAACCUUUGAUAUAAAAACUGAAGAGCCUUUGUCUCUCAACAGUGAUUAUGAAGGAAUGUCGUCCCCUGGCCUGGAUCAGUUAACGGAUGGAGAAAUGUCACUGAUGUCCCACAUGUCCAGCAGAACAGAAAAUACCUCCUUGACCUAUGACAACGAAUCCAAUGAAGAAUGUAUGCCCUGUUCAUCUUUGGGUCAGACCAACCCAAGCUUUUCAAAUAAAAAGUUACCUGUUACCAAAAAGUCUGUAGAGGAGUUUGAUGAGCUGGUAGCUUUGUGGCGUUCCUCCUUGGAAUGUGAAAUUUGCCAUCAGCUGAAGGCCAGCUAUUCUCAGUUGAAAGAACAUUUUAGCAAAAAUCAUACUUCAGAAGGUUGCUACCUUAUGUGUUGCCAAUUGAGGCUGGAGACUCGUUACGAUAUUGAAAACCACAUACGCUAUCAUAAUGCCCCCCAGCAGCUAAAAUGUGUGGCCUGUUGCAAGGUUUACCGUUUGGAGGAACAUUUAAGAGCUCACAAACGGAAAGUGCACACCAGCAAGGGAGAAGAUAAAAAUGCUAAAGACGGCGAGAAGUUGGAAGUUGGGAAAUAUCGUUGCAGCAAGUGUUUAAAGGACUUUGCAACGAAAUCGCGUCUAAAUAACCACAGUCGUGAUGUCCAUAAACCCAAGAUUUUCGAAUGCCACAUUUGUGAAAAAUCCUUUAUGCAUCCGAAUGCGCUGCGCGAGCAUUUGGCUGCCCACACAGGGGACAAAGCGCAUGCCUGCUCCUUUUGCCCCAUGGCGUUUACCUGCCGAGCCUAUUACCGCCGGCAUAUGAGAAAACAUCAUCUCCAGGAAUGGAAUAACAUACAAAAUGAAGGGGCUCAAAAAGAAACUCUGGAUGGGUAUCGGCGAGAAACUCGAGGAGAGUGCAUGGUUUAUAUUUGCCAUUAUUGUUCCAGGGAGUAUGACAAAAAGUAUUCUAUGUUAAAUCAUCUGAAUCAGUGCCAAAGAGAUGGCCGACCGGUAGAGCCUAAUAUGGGAUUUCGGCUGGAAACUCGGGGAGAGAGUUUGAUGUAUGUGUGCAUUUAUUGUUCCAAGGAGUGUGAGAAGCGUAUUUCUAUGCUCAAUCAUAUCAGGGGAUGUCAAAGGGACGAUGGCCCAAUAGAGUUUAAAAGUGGGUAUCGGCGAGAAACUAGGGGAGAGAGUAUGGUCUAUGUUUGUGUUUUUUGUUCUAAGGAGUACGAUAAGCGUCCAUCCAUGUACACGCAUCUCAGGCAAUGUCAAAUAGAAUAUGGACAAAUAGGACCUAAACUAGGGUAUCGGCUUGAAACUCGUGGAGAGAGUAUGGUCUACAUUUGCAUUUAUUGUUCCAAGGAGUAUGAAAAGCCGCAAUCCAUGCGCAGUCAUCUCUAUCGAUGCCAUAGAGACGAUGGAUCUUUAGCGAAGCAGCAGGUAUCAAUAGCUUCUGAACCCCUAGCACCAGCUCCGCAGCAGCAAGGAUCAAGCAAGAACGAUGAAAGCAACACAACACCAGAUGGUGAUAUUUUAAAUGUGGUGGGUCAAGAAGCAGUAGGAGAAGAGGAUUCAUUGAUGACCCCCAUCGAGGAAAAAGAGCUGAAAGAUGAAACUGCAACAAGGACUAAUGUGAAGACCGAACAAUUUUCAGAUGAUACAAAUGCCUUGGUAUUUGAGGAAAUGGAUGAACGUGAAAUUCCACUAGAAUUUGAAGAUGCUACCUUUAAAAGUGAAGAAUUCAUAGAACCCGAAGAAGAAUUUAUUGAGCUAUAAACCAAGGCCUAAGACCUUAGUUGGAAUAUUAAAAGAACAAAACAGCGAAAAUUUUGUUAGUUUUAAGAAGCCAAAUAUUUUCUAUCCAAACUUUUUCAAUAAAAUUUUUUAUUCGCCAUAAAGUCUUGUAAUUCUGCUGAACCAAACGUGUGUUAUUCAAACAGCUGUUUUCUCACUAUAGAAUCAGCUGUUUUGGUUAUACUUAGCUAGGCUCAGGCAUUCAAACAGCUGGUUUCCUUCUACAGAAUCAGCUGACUGUUAUAUGUAAGUAACGUCAAAAUUCAUUUCAUAGUGGGAAAUCAGCUGUUUGGAUAACAUAUGCUUAGGUUAACAUAACUCCGUGACUUUAGGGCGCUAAACACUUUUUUAAACAAAAGUUUUCAAAAAAUUAAAUUGAAAACUUAGCAUGUGAAAGAUUGAAGAACCUAUGAAAGUUAUAUUUGAAUAAAAAAAAUACUUUGAUAGUUGACUUUGAGUUGCCACUUACCAUUAACAUUAUGCAUAAGUACCAUUGAGCACGCUUUGCCAUUUAUUUGUACGUCACCCUAUACUUUGGGUAGUAGUAGAUAUAAAUUUUCUUCAUGUACUUUUAUCACUUUAAAAAAUAAAAAAACUAAAAUAAUAAAAUAAUAUGAAAAAUAUUAAUGAGGACUUUUUGGAUUAUAAGCAGAGAGGGGAAAAAUAUGCACUUUUUGUUUGUGGGCCGAUUGUGACCAAAAUUUGAUUUAGGCAUAAUUUGGUAGAAAACGAAUUUUGAUUGCAUACCAGAGAACAGCAGCAAGCCACAUUAAAAAUAAGUGCACACCAAAGACAUGAAUGCGAAUGGCAAACGCACACCUUAUACCAGCAAUCAUUGUUGACUCUAACGACUUUAAACGAUCAAAACAUAAAAUGCUGUCUUAAUUUCGUUGAGCUAUUGUGUGUUUGCCGAUGAGCAUAAAAUUAUUGCCAAUCAUAUUUUGCAUUUUAAGCAAUACGCACGAUGGCUCACAAUGGCAGCAACGGUGUAGGAGAUACACACAGCAACGUUUCAGAGUUAUGGGAGCUGAAAUUAAUCUGCGUGCUUUGUAAUGGUCUGGUCUCUGGCAAAAGCAAUUCUCAUCCAAAAAAAAAAUAAGGAAAUGCUUACUUUAGCUUCAUAUAGCACUCAUUUGAGUGGUGCUUUCGUUUCCAAACAACACGCUAUGUCCGUCGACCAAAUUGAAAACUGAAAUCGACUGAAAGAUUACAAAAACGUUCGGUCAUCUCUCACUCCAUUUUAUAAGUGCGUGUGUUUCUAGCUAACUUUAUUUUUAGGUGGCAAGCGUAACAGACAAUUGCUUUGCCCAAAGUGACCAUUGGGUGCCAAAGUUCUCUGGUGCAUAUAUGAAAUAUGCAUCUAUUGUAUAUGUGCGUGUAUCUCUAGCUAACUUUAUUUUUAGGUGACAAGCGUAACGAACAAUUGCUUUGGCCAAAGUGGUUAUUGAGUGCCAAAACACAUUCGUUAAAGAAUAUAAAUAUAAAAAAAUAUAAAAAUAAUCAUUGCACAUUUUCGAUUAUAAAGCUUACCUCGGAAAAGAAAUUCAUACAUC